UUCCUCUACUUAUUCACUUUGUCAUCAUUAUUGGUACAGUCGGAACGACAAGGGAGGAGAGUUAGUAGAGGAGAGUUGUAUCUCUUAACGCACAAAAGAGCUAAUGGCUCCUAUGUCCAUGAUGCAGCUCGGGCUAUUGGAGUAAGUAAUGUGUUGAGAAUCGGGAAGUAGUUUCUCCUAUGUUUUAGUUUUUAAAAUUUUAUUGGAAGUCUGUGCGGUUAGCGACUAGCUAAUAAAUGCUUAUAAUUGGUUAUCUAUGUGUGUAGGAAAGAAUUGAGGCUAUUGAGCAACGUGAUGAAUCCUCUAGACUAUUGUCUCAGAAUGAUUCGCUUGCUCAAACUCUCGAAAAGGAGCACCCGGGUAGGGUGCGUGGCAUGGGGUUGGGGCCGACUUCUAUUCAAGUCUUCGAUAUGAAUUCCCAUCAGCCGAGCAAUAAUUUUGAAAGGGAGGAGACCCAAAGGGUGCUUCUUGAACUACAAGCAGAGUUGGCAGCAGAGAAAUUGAAAAGGAAGGCAGUAGAGGAUGAAGUAGCAGCCGAGAAGACCAAAAGACAGGCAGUGGAGGAUGAAGUAGCAGCCGAGAAGACAAAAAGACAGGCAGUGGAGGAUGAAGUAGCAGCCGAGAAGACAAAAAGACAGGCAGUGGAGGAUGAAGUAACAGCUGGGAAGGUCAGGAUGCAGCCAAUGGAGAGUGCUUUGAUAUGUCUACUUCAAGGGCAAGGUGGGAAGCUGCCAUCAGACGUUGCCGCAUGGAUGAGUGCAUUGGAGGGACAGAAUAGAAAGUAG